GCCGAUAAACUCUCAUCGGACCAAACUUCUCCUGAAAAGACAGCAUACUUAUACGAUCUGAUGAUGUUCAGAUGAAGCUUUCUUGACAGCCAAGACUUGAAUCAUAGCGGCUUCGACACGUGAUCCACCCCACCAGUCCAAGCUCCCUUUUGUUUCAGUGUUUCAGGCUCAAACGCACCGGCCCCCAAUCAACAUAUCGCAACGUCUCCAGAUGUGAAGCUUCCAAUGAAUAUCGCCAUUCGUGGCAUUUAUUGAAGAAGUUGAUUUACGUCGCCGAGAUUGUUGUUUCUUCUUCAUAUCACUGCGAAGGAAGACACUCUGUAACUUUAUCUCUUACGUUCCUCCUCGGUCGAAGUCACGCCAUGGCUCGGCCCGGGUCAUCAAAAUCGGCCAAGGCUUCGAUACCACCACCCAAAGAGCCGCUUCUCACCCAAGAGAAUUUCGAGAAAGAAUUGAAAGCCUUAGCUUCAAAGGCACAAGAAGAGACAUGGUCAAAAUGGGCCGGUGAGCAAGCUUGGGUUCUGACCCAGUCAGGUGUCUUGCUCACUCUAGCUGCUGUAUACUCGAAUGUAUCAGAGCUCAGUUUAUCCCCUGUGUAUGGAGGGAUUCCUUCAUCGGUUUAUCAUGCCAAGGGGGUUAUGACUGCUUGCUUUUUGGGGUGGUCGUCGAAUCUUUUCAUUAAGAGGAAUUUACCUCUGAGGCCUCAGCAACUGCUACCUGUCAUUGCCGCGUAUAUUCCUAUGAUGCAGUUCUUCCUGUUUAGAGUCAGUGGUCUGCUUGGGGCGGUGUAUGGACCAAUUAUUACGGAAGCUCUGACUUUCUUGCCCCUGUUGCUAUUGUCAGUCUCCUGCACGGCGACUAUCUUGGACGAUUUGGAGAUGAGCAUUGGAAGGUGGCAGUGGUUAUCAGAUGCCAUGCCAGGAAUAUGCUCUUUCUCAUUCUUCAAAACAAUGGAGUACUUCUCAGGAAACGCCAUCCAAAGAGGAAUCGGUGCUUCCUUUUUUCAAACUCGACUAGGUCUUCAAAUCUCCCUCACAGGACUUUACUCCCUCUUCUCGCCAUCCAAGCUCUUACUCUACACCCUUCCAGCAAUUCUCCACACCGCAUUAUUCAACGUCCAUGUUCCAACUCCCUUCGCUACAUCCUCGCUAAAUGCCACAAUGGCCAAGAACGGAUGGUCACUGCUCGAACGCCAAGAAUCUCUCACAGGCUACAUCUCCAUCCUCGAAAGCUCCAAGAACGGCUUCCGAGUCAUGAGGUGUGACCAUAGCCUCCUCGGCGGCGAAUGGCUAACCAAAGCCAGCGGAUCUCCCAUGGCCGAACCCAUCUACGGCGUCUUCGUUAUGCUUGAAGCCGUACGACUCGUCCAAAUCAAAGAUCCCGUACCUGACAACCAAGCUUCUGCUUUCGUCGUGGGUCUAGGGAUUGGUACCACACCAGCAGCAUUCAUGCAACACGGCAUCAAAACCACGAUUGUGGAAAUCGAUCCCGUAGUCCAUGAAUUCGCAACUAAAUACUUCGCUCUACCAAAGCACCACACUCCAGUCAUCGCAGACGCCGUAUCCUACGCCUCAGAAGUAGCGAAAUCAGGCGCUCAAUACGAUUAUGUCGUCCACGACGUAUUCACCGGCGGAGCUGAGCCCGUUGAUCUCUUCACCCUAGAAUUCCUCCAAGAUCUCAACACAAUCCUCAAACCCGGCGGCGUAAUCGCUAUUAACUAUGCAGGCGACCUCCUCCUCCCCUCCGCCCGCAUAAUCGUCAACACCAUCAAAACCGUCUUCCCCACCUGCCGCAUCUUCCGCGAAUCCGCGGCCCCCUCGGCAGCCACGAUCGAGGCCGACGGCCGCGAUUUCACCAACAUGGUCAUCUUCUGCACCAACGCUGCGACGUCCGACCAAGUCACAUUCCUGAAGCCGACCGAGAGGGACUUUUUGGGCAGUGGGGCGAGGAAGAUGUAUUUGUUGCCCAAGUAUGAGGUGGAGGAGAGCGUUUUUGAGAUGCAGGAGGGGGAUGGGGGCGUGCUGUUGAGGAAUGCGACGGAGAGGUUUAGGGGGUGGCAGGAGAAGAGUGCGUUGGGGCAUUGGGCGGUUAUGAGGACUGUGUUGCCGAAGGAGAUUUGGGAGGAUUGGUGAGACUGAAGUUAGAUAUGUACAUGUAUAUGAUCAUAAGUGUUAACAGAGGCAGUUUGAGCAAUUUGAUAGCAAGGUUUUUUUUUGGAUCACAUCAAGCACUUAGAGCAACAAAUUUUCUUUCACAG